UUCACAUUGGCAGAGAAUCCAUUCGUCAUGCAGGCCAUGAGUGACUCAGUCAGUCAGGCAGUCAGUCGAAUCGUUCAUUCAACCAUGCCACCAACAAUCUCACCACACGCACUCCACAGAGAACACAGCAUGCAUCCACCCCUCCAUCCAUCCAUUUCCACCCAUCAGUCCGUCCAUCUCAAGCAUCCCCACCGCCGGCUGCCGUAGGCUGCCGUGGCCACGGACAAGCAGUGAGCCUCACUGUACACGCAGAUGAGAGAGAUGGACAUAUCAGUCCGUUAGUCUACAUCUGCGGGUAGAUCAUAGUCGAAAGAUGAGUGAAUCACUCUACGUCCAGCUUGUUGCCGAACAGCCUCUGUGCGUCGGCCCCCAUGACCUGCCGCGCCACCUGCACCGUCAGCGGGAACCUGGCGGCCCCCUCCCUGCCAGCCACAGGGCGCUCCGUGGUGAACAGGUAGACGGAGGCGCUGAUUACGUAGACGUAGGCCUGGAAUGUGUGUCCCGGCUGGUCGCCGUGGAUCACUAUCACACUGUGGAAGCCUUCUGCUGCCCACGGCUGGUGGACCGUGCUGGUGGUGUGGCAGUUCCACACGGGCGGCGGCUGCCUGGUGAGUUCCCGCUGAAGAGAAAAGGAGAGAGGAAAUGGUUGAGCCGCGCAUCUCGUGAGGCAUCCGUGUGUAGAUGUGUGUCUAACUUACUGACCAGCCGCGCAUGGCGUACGGCAUUCUCGUGCGGUAACGCGAACUGCGAGGCGGCCAU